AAGUUCAUGAUAGUUAUGUCAGUACAGCAUUGGCUGUGCAUCCAUCUAAUUAUACUUAAAUUUUUCCAGUUCAGCAACCCAGACUUACCUGGCUAUGUCGGUUUUGCCAAUCUACCUAAUCAGAUUCAUCGAAAGUCAGUCAAGAGGGGUUUUGAAUUUACACUGAUGGUUGUUGGUGAGAGUGGUCUCGGGAAAUCCACGCUGAUCAACACAUUAUUUUUAACGGACCUAUACCCUGAUAGAGUUUUACCCUCUGCUCAAGCUUGCGUUGACGAGAAAAGUAUCAGUAAAACCGUGAAGAUUGAUGUGUCGACAGUAGAGAUUGAAGAACGGGGCGUGAAGGUUAGGCUAACGGUUGUAGAUACUCCGGGAUAUGGAGACGCCAUUGAUAACACUGACUGUUUCCAAUCCAUCAUUCAGUACAUCAAUGAUCAGUUUGAGAGAUACCUCCAGGAUGAGUCGGGGCUCAACCGACGUCACAUAGUAGACAACAGAGUUCAUUGUUGCUUCUAUUUCAUCAACCCUGCUGGUCAUGGGCUGAAACCUUUGGACAUUCAAUUCAUGAAGCAGCUGCACAACAAGGUGAACAUUGUUCCCGUUAUCGCUAAGGCUGACACCCUAACAAAGCAGGAGGUACAGAAGCUCAAACGAAAGGUACUGGACGAAAUUGGCGAGAAUGAUAUCCACAUUUACCCACUGCCUGAUUGUGACACAGAUGAAGAAGAGGAUUACAAGGAGCAGGUUCGUCAACUGAAAGAAGCAGUGCCUUUUGCCGUAGUUGGAUCUACUACGGUGUUAGAUGUUGGUGGGAAAAAAGUUCGAGGUCGUCAGUAUCCGUGGGGUGUCAUCGAAGUCGAGAAUCCAAGUCACUGUGAUUUUAUCAAGCUUCGAUGUCUACUCGGAACGCACAUGCAAGAUCUCACUGAAGUCACCCAGGAUGUUCACUAUGAAAACUAUCGUUCAGAGAGAUUGGCCAAGGGCGGUUCACCCAUAACAUCGGCCGCUGCUGUGGCUGCAAACAACUCCAUUAAUUCCCACGGAAAUUCUGUUACUGUCGCCAAGGGAAAAUUGAGCAGUUUACCCGGAACUGGACCUGAGAAAGAUCGAAUGGCCAUGGAACUGGAAGAAAAAGAAGCCCAGAUUCGAAGGAUGCAGGAAAUGAUGGCAAAAAUGCAAGCACAACUCCAAGAUAAGAAAUAGUUACAAAUUGUUGUAGAAGAAUCCUUUUGAUACUAAUAUUUGUUGUAACAAGCAUAAACAAAGAAAGUGCAUUUAAGUUUUAACCAUUGUAAUCUUACCUCGUCUGAUUGUUGACAGGUUAUAAUAAUGAUUUGAGGUGAAGUGGAUUCCUUUUUCUUUUUAAUUUCAAAUCAAAAGCUUUUUUGCUCUCUCUCUAAGGAUCUCAUUUUUUUUUAUUCCACCAUAUUUUCUGUAAUGCAUGUGUUUUCUACAGUGUGUGAGGCAUUGAAUCAAAAGUUGAUCUUUUAUUUUUUGAAAUGAUAGACCUACAGCGAGUUUGUGAACCCAAACUGUUUGUUAAAGGUUUGAAAAGAGAGGACAUCUUAAACUUGGAGAAUGUGAAGGACAUGGUUUGACAUCAUGAAUUUGGAGAAUGCGAGGACAUGUUUUAAGUUACCUGAAGUUGAGAUUUAUGCAAAAGCAAGCUUGUGUUUUGCAUCUUUUGCCUUUAAUUUUGCAAUGAAGAAAGGCAACAAUUUUUUUUUUUCAUGGAUUAAUGUUUUUUUUUAAUGUCCCUUGUCAGUGCAUAUCAGUAUUUUUAUGGAGGUAUUUGUUACCGAUUCUUUAUUAUGCAUUUCUACCAAGUGAGAAGUGGUAGGAAUUCUCCUAAUCCAGGGAAAAGCAUGUGAUAUCUCAAGCUCAACUUUCACGGGGCUCGGCUACUCGGAACCCUUACAAAACCAUCGCACUCUUUGGAUGCAUUACAUACAUACAUGCACAAGGCCUUUUUGGAACUGCCACUUUUGGUGUUUGUAAUUUUCCUUUUGCAUUUUUGGCUUGCUGGUUUUAUAUGAGAUUCGUCAAUAACAAGCAUUUUCUCUGCGUGGGCUUUGAAACAAAUAUUUUGUGCUUGUAACAAAUAACAGAGCCUGACUGUUUAGGAGAUUCCAGAUCAUUUUGUUCAACAUAAAGAUUAAUAAAUGCUUCAUUCUCCA